ACUCUCACAUGCCUUGGGACAACACUUUGUUGAGUGUUUAUUGCAAGGCUCACAGUAAGACUAUGGGAUAUUUAGGGACCGUGACAGUACCAUGCCAGCCAGAAGAGAUCGAAGUUAGCGUGGAAAGGAAUUAGUUCACCAUGUUGUGCUUUGUCUCACAACCAAACUCUGUUGUUUUGGAGGUAGAAGUGGAUACCCGUGCCGAUGGCCAAGACUGUCUCGAUAAAGUUAGUGAACAACUUCACAUCAUCGAGCAGGACUACUUUGGACUCCAGUACCGUGGCAGUAAAGGGGAGACGCUAUGGCUAAACCUGCGGAAUCGGAUCGACGAUCAGAUUGGAGGAGCUCCUCCUUACCGUUUUAUGUUCCGGGUGAAGUUCUUUGUGGAGCCCCACUACUUACUUCAGGACGAAACAAAGCACCAAUUUUACCUGCAAGUGAAACAAGAGCUGCAGUCCAAGAAAUAUGAAAUAACAGAUACACCUCAGGCUGUGAAGAUGUUAGCCCUGCUGUGUCAGGCUGAGCACGGCGAUGCGACAACCAACUCCUUCCAACAGAACGUGUACACGCAGAUGAUGCAAGGCCUUUGUGAACCCACGGAGGAGGUGCUCAACCUUGUGUAUGAAGAACAUUGUGAACUGCGGGGGAUGACUGCGGGGAAUGCUGAGUAUCACUUACUACAAGAGGUGUCCGAGCUGCCCACGUACGGUACAGAGUUUCACGAUGCCAAGAGGACGUCUGGAGAACCUACCAAGAUAGGCGUUGGUCCUGAAGGAUUGUCCAUGUACAAUGUCGAGGCAAACAAGAUGGACAGGAUUGCCUAUGCCUUGAUCCAGAUGGCAACCCACAUGGAUCAGAAGGUGAUCCUCCGAGUUUUUGAUGACAAGGGGGACCCAAGUAUCCAUCUUGUGUUUCGUUUCAAAACCUGCAAAGCCGCCAACGCCUUGUACCGAUGUGUGACGGAGAUGCAUUCUUUCUACCGCUGCGACACAGUCCGGGAAGAUGUGUCCACCCAGUUCUGCAGAGACCUCAAAGGAACCAUCUGCUCCAUAUUCAAUGAAAAUACUUCUCUGGGUAAGAAGUACAUAUUUGACAUUCGACGGACCUGUCGGGAGGCAUACGACCACGCAAGAAGGAAACUGUGGUCUGCAAGCCAUGAUGGUGAAAGGAUGAAUGGUGUGGAACCUCUUCGCCGUAGUCGUGAAAGCAUUGUCUGUGAUAACAAUGAGAACACCAUUGUUACAUCCGAGUGCCAGGAGCUGCGAGCCCGGCUAGCUAGUAUUGAAGAUUCCCUCCGCUGUGUAGUGUGCAUGGACAGACAAAUCUCAACAACAUUUUGUCCGUGUGGCCAUGUCAUCUGUUGUUCUGAGUGUACACAACACAUAACAGAGUGCCCUGUGUGUCGCACGUCCAUAGACAAAGUGCAGAGGAUCUUUAUUCCAGGCCUUCACUUGGAGCCUCCAUGCUCACACCUGUAGUGAGAAAAACUCCCAACAGUGCCUGGACAUAGGGAUGGCCUGCCAAUGCAACAAACCCGGUGAUAUUGUGUCUCGGAGCUGGUUCUUCGGGUAAUGUUUUAUAAAAGAAUGUUUUUGUCAACAUCGAGGAUGUGUCAACAUGGAGUUCAUUCAUGGAUAACAAUGAUGGAAAUGGACCAGAGAUGUUAUUACGUUUCGACAUUAUGCACAAACUUGCCUUCCCUGCUUUGGAGCAGGUUGGAAACAUAUCCUGUCUGUGACUAUGUACAGAUGAUGGACAGCUUGGAAAUGAAACUGUGUGAUUUCGAUGAUACGUUUCAUCCUUAGGCCAGAAUCAUUGGAAGAUUCUGGAUAAGGAGGCUGUUUUUUGUAAAUUGUCUGGAAUUGUACAGAUCUGAUUUCAUUACUACAUUAACAAUCCUUGUAGAUCAUUGCAUCAUUGGUAGUCUGUAGCACACAUUACAUAAAACAAUACAUAUCUGUGAUAUAUGAGAAAUUCCAUUUUAACACAGGCCAAAAAAUAGCAGGAUUGGCUGAGCAGAGCUUCAGAAUGAUCAUGUGAUCCAAUAAUUGGGGAAAGAGGAUACUGCAUAAAUAUGGAGAUUUUUCGUUUGGACCUUGGCGCUCUGAAGCUCUGGUUACCAUUAUCAUGAUG